AUGGCGCAUAUCAUGAAACGUGGUUUUGCGACGAGCGCUGCUCUCGCCAAGUCCGCUCAGCUCGUCAAGACUCCAAUCCAGGUUCAUGGAAUCGAGGGACGAUAUGCCGCCGCUUUGUACUCCGCCGGGCACAAGCAAAACAAACUCGACCAAAUUGCUCAGGAUUUGAGCAAUGUUCGUUCCGCUUACAAGGACAACAAGAAGUUCCAGGAGUUCGUUCUUGACCCAACCCUUAAAGCCACGAAGAAGAAGGUCGCUAUUGAAGCUAUUUCCUCCAAGCUCGGACUUUCUAAGGAAACCGGAAACUUCCUCGGACUUUUGGCUGAGAAUGGUCGAUUGAACAAGCUCGAGUCGGUCGCCUCAUCCUUCGAAGCUAUCAUGCGCGCCCACCGUGGAGAGCUCUCUGUCCAAGUAACAUCGGCUGAGGAACUUUCCGCUGCCAACCAAAAAGCUUUGUCUGAUGCCUUGAGCAAGGUCGCCAAGUCAGGACAGAAGCUCACUGUUACCUACGCCGUGAAACCAUCGAUCAUCGGAGGACUUGUCGUUACCAUCGGAGACAAGUACGUUGACUUGUCGAUCGCCUCGAGAGUAAAGAAAUACAAGGACGCCAUCGCCACCGCAAUCUAA